AGAAAGUUCUAGUGGGCUGAGGUAGCGGCGGGAGCAGCCGGCUGGCGGGAGAAGCCGUUACAGAAACGGGAGCUGCGGAUUAAGCUUGAUCGAGAUGACAACCUCCCAAAAGCACCGAGACUUCGUGGCAGAGCCCAUGGGGGAGAAGCCGGUGGGAAGCCUGGCCGGGAUUGGCGAAGUCCUGGGCAAGAAACUGGAGGAAAGGGGCUUUGAUAAGGCCUAUGUGGUCCUCGGCCAGUUUCUGGUCCUAAAGAAAGAUGAAGACCUCUUCCGGGAAUGGCUGAAGGACACGUGCGGCGCCAAUGCCAAGCAGUCCCGGGACUGCUUUGGCUGCCUCCGGGAGUGGUGUGACGCCUUCUUGUGAUGCUCUCUGGGGAGCCCCCGAUCCCAAGCCCCAGCGUUGAGUCUCCAGAGUUUGCAGCCUAGUGAGGACUCCUCCUCCGUCCUCUACAAAGGAAGAGAUUGCUGUUGUCGUGCACACCUCCCAUGUACUCCAGGGCCUUUGGGGAGUUCUCUCCCCUCACCAUUUCAACUUUUUUGGAAUUGUCACCCUUGCAUGCAUCUUCCUUCUCCUUUCCCUGCCAGUUUCAUGACAAUAAUUAACAGCUUUUCUGAGUGGAUUCCUGGCCCUGUCCCUCACCCCCACCCCCACCUGUGGUCUCUUUUAUGCCAUUUGGCAGUCUUUUUGGCAGAACAGUCACUGUCCUUGUAAAGUUUUUUAAAUCAAUAAAGCCAGUGGCCUUCAAAAAAAAA